UUCAGCUGUCAUGUCAGAAUCAAAAUUUUAGGAAGUUUGUUUUGAUUAUUUAGGCUAUCUUUUUAUAAAUCCUUGAAUUCACGAAGCUUUAAUGGAGAUUUUUUAAAUUCUUAAAGCCAUUAAAAACCUUUAAAUUACUGUUUAAUAUAUCACAUAGCUUCCACAUAAAUAUUUAAAACAAAAUGUUUGACAAUGAAAGUUUCAACGUGUUCCGAGACGGUGAAGCUGUGAAAGAAAAACAAAAGGUCAAUCGAACCAAGCUUCCUCGCAAGGCCAAAAAUUUCAGCAAGGAACAACUUCAACUGGCUCUUAGAAAAAAGAAGGAAUGUAAUGCAAAGGCCCAAACAAUCGUUGAAGCUCUACUGGACCCCGUUGAUGAUGUUGAAACAUUUCUUACAAUGCUUCGAGAUAUAAACCAAAGUCAUUUCGAAGACGUCAUCCAGGAGAGAGCUAUUCAGAAAGUUUGUGGUUACCCCCUUUGUGCGAAGGAGCUGCUCAACAUUCCCCAGCAAAAGUAUGUCAUUUCGUUAUCUAACAAGAAAGUCUACGACAUUACGGAACGUAAAAACUUCUGCAGCGGUGACUGUUACAAGGCAUCCAAUUUCAUCAAAGAACAAAUGUUAACAAGCCCGUUGUGGCUACGGAAUCAGGAAGACAUUCCAGUAUUCAGACUGUUGAACAACUCUUCUCAGAUAACAAGUUUAAGUACGAAUACUAUGGUUACAGUUGAAGUUCCAAAGGAGCCAAUGAUUCAGAUUAACAUCGAUGAACUCCGAAUUGUGGAAAAGACGUAUCCAAGCGCUACUAACAAUGUCCAAAAUGAUGACGGCCGUCAAACCAUAAACGAAGGAAGUGAAGUAGAUCUGGCUAUCAAACAAAGACAUACAAUAGUGAAUCAGAAUGAAAGCAAAGAUUUGAUAGGUUGUUUAGAUAAGUUGUCGUUGAAUGAUAGUAGCGAAAACCUUAACUAGAAUCAUAA